CUCUAACCUCUUUCUUUUUCAGCCUCCAUUGACGAGUGGUCGGUUCGCUAAUUUGUAAUUUUGUACAAAACUCAAAAAAAAUGGAGAACGACGCCGGUGAGAAUGUUGAUUUGUACGUGCCCCGCAAAUGCUCGGCAUCCAACAGAAUCAUCCACGCCAAGGAUCACGCUUCGGUGCAAUUGAAUAUUGUGGAUGUGGAUCCCGAGACCGGCCGCAUGACCGAGAACUCCAAGACCUACGCAAUUUGCGGCGAGAUCCGUCGCAUGGGCGAGUCCGAUGAUUGCAUCGUCCGUCUGGCCAAGAAGGACGGUCUCAUCGCCAAGGUCUUCUAAAUAUGUAAAUACCAAGUGGUGGUAAUAAAACAAACUUCAUUUGUAUUUAAUAUAAGAUACUCAAAUUUUGUGUUUUCUUUUAAACCACUGGAAUAAAUGGAGAGACAAUUUCGAGGUAUCCAGCAAGAA